AUGGUGUCCUGGAGAAAGCCGUUCAGCGGCCGCAGCGGCGCAGACGUUGCCACGGCGGAUAACGCGAGCCAGAUUUCCGAUGGCAGUAUCACCUACAUCGGGGAGAAUGGAGGCAACAAUGCGGCUGCGACGUACCAGGAGGCGUCUGGGGCUCCAGUCGAGAGCGACUCUCCCCUAGGCUACGCUGUUGGGCCGGUCACCAUCCUGCUUAUGAACAUCAGCAUGAUGAUCGGCACUGGCAUUUACUCGACGCCCUCUGCCAUAUUGGGAGGUACUGGGUCUGUCGGCCUAAGCUUUAUCUAUUGGACCAUUGGCUUCUUGGUUUGCGUCGCCUCGGGGUCAGUUUAUCUCGAAUUCACAGCGUAUUUCCCCAGCCGCUCUGGAUCCGAAGUGGUCUUCCUCGAACAGGCCUAUCCACGUCCGACGUGGUUCUUCCCCACAACUUUCGCUGUUCAGAAUGUCCUACUCUCGUUUGCCAGCAGCAAUGCCAUUGUGCUGUCUAAUUAUUUGUUUGCCAUUGCCGGCACUGAAGGCACCGAUUGGCAAGUGAAGGGUGUAGCGUUGGCUGGCUAUACAGUUGCUAUACUAUCCCUGACCUUCCACACGAAGUUCUCGUACCACUUGUCCAACGCGAUUGGGCUUGUCAAGAUCGCGACCUUGCUCUUCGUCAUCGUGACUGGGUUUGUCGUCUUGGGUGGCAAUACCAAGAUCGAGAACCCGACUGUUAACUUUCAGAACUCCUUUCACGGCACCGAAGCGGCGUCAGCGUACGGCUUGACCAACGCACUCUACAGGAUCAUCUUCUCAUAUGGCGGAUAUAACAACGCCUUUAAUGUCGUAAAUGAAGUCAAGAAUCCCGUCAAGUCCCUCCGGAAGUAUGCCUUCCUGGCCCUCUUCGCCGUCUACGUGCUUUACAUCCUUGCCAACGUGGCAUUCUUUGCCGCAGUGUCCAAAUACGACCUGGUCAACUCGGGCACCACAGUUGCGACCCUGUUUUUCAGAAGCGUGUUUGGAGACAGCGGGGCCGUCCGCGGACUCAACUUCUUGAUAGCCCUGAGUGCCUUCGGGAACAUUAUCGCAAGCGCCUUGGGCUCGUCGCGGAUGAUACGCGAGUGCGGCAGGCAAGGAGUUCUCCCGUGGACGAACUUUUGGGUCACGACCAGGCCGUUUGGGACCCCGAUCGGGCCUUACUUUGUGAAGUGGGCCCUCACUGCUCUGAUGAUCCUCGCCUUGCCCUCGGGUGACGCGUUUAACUUCGUGAGUGAUCUCUCGAUCCUUCCGUCAGCCGCCUUCAACCUGGCGAUGGCUGUUGGUCUGUACGUGGUGCGGUGGCGACGCAGGCGAGCAAACCUGCCGCCUCCCGAGUUCAAGGCCUGGCAACCCGUUGUUGUGUUCAACAUUCUGGUGCAGCUCUACCUGCUCGUCAUGCCGUGGUACCCUCCGGAGGGAGGCCAAUAUGCCGGCGACGUGAGCUUCUGGUACGGCACUUAUGUUGUCACUGGAGUUGGAAUUCUCAUUGCUUGCGGAACUUACUACUGGGUCUGGGCCAAGUUGAUUCCCAAGUUGAAGGGAUACCAGCUCCGUCAAGAAGUCAUCAAGCUGGACGACGGCGCGCAGACCCACAAGAUCAAGAAGAUACCAAACGAGGAGCUGGCUGAGUUCGACGCCACGCACGAUGCUACCGGUCGUUUGCGGGUUUCUUCCAGUGUUCUGCAUGAUCAGGAGAAGGCUGGCAGUGCUUCUGAUGAUAGCGAGGUUGGGAAGAUCACCACGACGCAGACUUCUGUCCUCAUUUGA